AUGGCACAGACCAACAGCAGCGGGCAGGGGACCAACGGGGUGGCGGAUGAGUCCCCCAACAUGAUAGUGUACAGAAAGAGAAAGCAGGAAUACAUCUUCAGCUUGGAUGGAGUCAUGGCCUUCACUCCAGGCAGGGCUCUCACCUGGAUGGAGGAAGUAAUAGCACGCAUGCAAGAUGAGAAUAAUGGAAUCCCCAUCCGGACAGUGAAAAGUUUCCUCACCAAGAUCCCCAGUGUUUUUUCAGGUUCUGAAAUCGUACAGUGGAUGAUCAAGAAUCUGGACAUUGAAGAUCCAGUGGAGGCUCUUCACUUAGGAACACUGAUGGCUGCACAUGGCUACUUCUUCCCCAUCUCAGACCAUGUCCUCACUCUCAAAGAUGAUGGCACUUUCUAUAGGUUUCAGACUCCAUACUUUUGGCCAUCAAACUGCUGGGAACCUGAAAACACAGACUAUGCUGUUUACCUCUGCAAAAGAACAAUGCAAAAUAAAGCACGUCUGGAGCUCGCAGACUAUGAAGCGGAGAGCUUAGCAAGGCUACAGAGAGCUUUUGCCAGAAAAUGGGAGUUCAUUUUUAUGCAAGCAGAAGCACAGGCAAAAGUUGACAAGAAAAGAGACAAAAUUGAGAGGAAAAUUCUCGACAGUCAGGAGAGAGCAUUCUGGGAUGUGCACAGACCAGUGCCUGGAUGUGUGAAUACAACAGAAGUUGACAUAAAGAAGUCCUCCAGAAUGAAAAACCCACACAAGACUAGAAAGUCUGUGUAUGGGCUGCAGAAUGAUAUCCGUACCCACAGCCCAACUCACACCCCCGUCCCAGAGGCAAAGCAGCCUACAGAAGAAGAACUGCAGGAACAGAUCACCUUUUGGCAAUUACAAUUAGACAGGCAUCGACUGAAAAUGUCCAAAGUGGCAGAGAGUUUGCUGGGUUAUACGGAGCAGUAUGUCGAAUACGACCCCUUCCUCACAUCUCCAGACCCAUCCAACCCCUGGAUCUCAGAUGACACCAUGAUCUGGGAGCUUGAAGCAAGUAAGGAACCAGGCCAACAAAGGGUAAAGAGAUGGGCUUUUGGCAUCGACGAGGUUCUCAAAGAUCCUGUGGGGAGAGAACAGUUUCUCAAGUUCCUUGAGUCUGAGUUCAGCUCUGAGAAUCUCAGGUUCUGGCUAGCAGUCCAGGAAGUAAAGAAGCGCCCCAUCAGAGAAGUUCCAACUCGGGUUCAGGAGAUUUGGCAGGAAUUUCUGGCCCCUGGGGCACCCAGUGCCAUCAACGUAGAUUCCAAGAGCUACGACAAAACUACCCAGAAUGUCAAAGAUCCUGGACGGUAUGCCUUUGAGGAUGCACAGGAACACAUCUACAAACUGAUGAAGAGUGACUCUUACAGCCGUUUCAUCCGUUCCAGUGCCUAUCAGGAGUUAUUACAGGCUAAGAAGAAG